AUGGCAAUGAAUGAGCAUCUGGAGACACCGGCUGAGGUCAAGGCGCAGUGCGAGCAGUUCCGAGCGAGCUUCGCGCAGCUGCGCGGCGAGAUCGGCAAGGUGAUGGUGGGUCAGCAAGCGGUGGUCGAUGCGGUGCUGGUGGCGCUCUUUGCGGGGGGCAAUGUGCUGCUUGAGGGUGUGCCUGGUCUUGGGAAGACGCUGCUUGUGCGGACGCUUGCGACGACGUUGCACUUGCCGUUCAGUCGUAUUCAGUUCACUCCUGACUUGAUGCCUGCGGAUGUGAUCGGGACGAACAUUGUUUCGGAGAAUCCGGAGACUGGUCAUCGGAGCUUUGAGUUUCAGCAGGGGCCGAUCUUUGCGCAGGUGGUGCUCGCGGACGAGAUCAAUCGCGCGACGCCGAAAACACAAUCGGCGCUGCUUGAAGCGAUGCAGGAGCAUUCGGUGACGGUGGCGGGUGAGACGUACGAGCUCAAUGAGCCGUUCUUGGUGCUCGCGACGCAGAACCCAAUUGAACAAGAAGGGACCUAUCCGCUUCCCGAGGCGCAGAUGGACCGGUUCUUGCUCAAGGUCGAUGUGGGGUACGCGGGGCUUGAGGAUCUGAUGGAGAUCAUCGAUCGGACGACGGGCGCGGAGAAUCCGGUCGCGGGCAAGGUGCUCGAUGGGAAAGCGAUUCUUGAGUAUCAGGAGCUUGUGCGUCAGGUGGUCGUCGCGCCGCAUGUGAAGCAGUACGCGGCGAGGUUGGUUUUGGCGACGCAUCCGGAGACUGAUACGGCGGCGGGUGGUCCCAAUGGGCCGACGAAUCGGUAUGUGCGGUGCGGGGUGAGUCCGCGCGGGGCGCAGGCGCUGAUUCUUGCGGGCAAGGUCCGCGCGCUGGUGGAUGGUCGGUUCCAUGUGAGCUAUCAGGACAUCCAGGAGGUCGCGAUGCCUUGUCUGCGGCAUCGUGUGCUGAUGAACUUUGAAGCGGAGGCGGAUCGCGUGAGCUCGGACGAUGUGGUGCGCGAGAUUCUCAAGCUGACUCCAACACAGCCGACGGCGAUGGUGGGUUCAUGA